AUGUCCGUAAAGGAGACACUGAACCGUGACGGCAACUCACCUCUGGCGCCAUGUUGGACGUACUUUGACGACGAGGAUUGUGGCGACGGGGUGCCUCGGCUCAGCAGCGAUUGCAGCUCGCAUGUCCUGUACGGCUGCGCGAUUGGCCACGGUGGCGACCGCGGCUCUCUCGUGUACGGAGUUGGGGAAACGGUGAACGUUCCGUUUUCGUUUGGGUGUCCACUGGCGCUUAAGAUAUACCCAAUCAGUAUCACGGAAAACGAACUCGCGUUUAUCCGGGCCCUUUUUGCCAGUGAUCUCACUGCCUUCAACAACAAGGGCGGGAGUUGCGGGGUUUGUCGUCAAGUGCCAUACUUGGUCCUUCCGUUGGCCAUUGUCACGAUUGGCGGCGUUGAUCGUGGCAUUCUGAUGCCGAGGCAUGACUACAGCCUUAAGCAGUUUCUGCUUGCCACCGGGCCCGCGGUUGAAGUUGUUGGCCAUGGAGAGCGCGGAGAGGACGGCGCGGAUGAGAAGAGGUUUGCCGCAAGUUCGCUGCUAUCCCACCGUGUCUUUGAGCCAAUUCGCGAUUGCAAGGUCGUAACCGCCAUCGCCUUUCAACUGGUUGUUGCCAUUAGCCUCCUUGGUGAGGAGUUACCACAUGUGAAGGAUGGAAUCUUGUGCCGCGGAUUCACCCACAAUGAUAUUCACUUGGACAAUAUUUUGUUAAACAGCGAAUCCGGCUGUGCCGCACUCUGCGACUUUGAGCUUGUGGGGCACAUUUCUCAGGACGGUGAGGAAAUUCCCCCACCUGCCCUUCACCGGCUUCCACCGUACUGCAGACAAUCACCCCAUGGUCUUUUCUCCCCCACAGCUGACACAUGGGCUCUCGGCUUGGUGGUGCUUUCGUUGUUAACUGGCGUCGAUCCACUCUUCGACGACGCCAAGCUUAUGGAUGACUUUGGCGACGGCCCGCUUUUGCAGAGUUACACGGAGUCGGAGGGGACAGUGCCUGUGCCCGAUUGGGAGGGAAACAUCAAGGCACACGUGGAGGCGCUGCUGCUCCGCGAUGAUCCCACCGGCCAACGUUUGGCGGACGCAGGGCCACUGCUGGAACUCUGCGCAAAAUGUCUCGUCAAUCGCGCUGGGGCCUCUCCGAGCGUCGCCGUGGAGUUGCUGAGCCAGCCGCUCUUUAGCAGCCACAUAAACUCUCCUCAGGAGGCAGAGUUCAUCUUGAAAGUUUGGGCAGAGAGCCACCGCGGCGCCCCGCCGCUGAAAGCUGCACGCGACGGCACUGAAAGCCCUGAAUCUCAGCCCCUCUGA